AUGGAAAACUCAGUAAACAAUAAAAAGGAGCCUCACGAACUACAAAUAUUCUUACCAAUUUUACUGACAGUUGCUCUCCUAUUCUUCACUUUGAUAUUUUCAUCACGAGCAUUUAGAUAAGUAAUACAUAUUUAAACAACGAUUGAAGCUAUAUUCAAAGAUCUAAGUCAUAAAUAUAUAUCAAACUUCCAAAUUUAAAAACCUAAACAGCCUUUAAAUUAAAGAAAGAGCAAGUGCAAUAAUUAUGUGCAAAAGUAGUACAGCUCAUUGGAGAAAUAAAUUCUAAACUUUGAUGAGCUCUAGUCGUCUAUCACAUUCCAGUCCAAAGUACAGCUUAAACAGCAUAACUAAUUAGUUUAUGGAUUCUUCAAAAGCUUUUAUCAAACUUUGACUUGCGAAUGCUGUCGCAGUGAGACAUACAAAGUUGAAAAAAGAGAUAUAAAAAUAUUUGACUCUAAAGGCUCAAUUAAAUCUCUUAAUUACUAGCUCAACUUCUUAUUCGUUUGGGUUUUGAUAUGCUUUACAGUAGCCGUAAUAAACUAUAUUAACGUAAAAGAUGAUGGGAAAUAUAGUUUACUUUAAUUCCUGGUUGUGAUAUUUACUUGCAUCAGUACUCUAAGUGGGUUAAUACUUUCUCAUUAUAUGAAUAAAAGAUACGAAGCAAAUCUCAUUAAAUAAGUUGCAUAGGUAUUCGAGAAAUGCAUGCUUGCCUAAAGUGAAAAAGACUAAGAAGAAAUCGAACAAAUAAAAAAGUAUGAGAUUUAGCAGUUAAGUCUUCAAUCACAGUCAUCUCUAAACAAAAUAUUUGGAGUUAUUCUAGCUAUAAGCUUUUCGUUUUCAAUGUGUAUUUAUAUAAUGAUGAAUAUGAAAUACGAGAUCAGGAUGAUACUUCUAUACUCAUUCAUGGGAAGUUAAGUUCUUGAUAUCUUAUUAGUAAGGAAUAUUGCUCUAUUUGCUUAUGCAAUGGGCAAGACUUUUGUUAAUUUGGUUGGGUAAUAUAGGUAAAAUAAAAAAGAUUAGAAGAAGUGUUAAAUCGUUAAAAAUAUGUUAAAAGAUAACCACAUUAAUAAUGUUAAUAAUUCAAGUAAUAAUUAAUACGUUUCUGAUCUGACCCCAAACCCCAACCUUCUCAGCUAAAAUUCUAACAUGCUUUUGUUUAAUUAGGUAGUUAAUACUGAAAUCAAAGCCGAUACAUUCAUGGCAAAUUACCCAUCAAUGGAUUACACAAAGACAUUCAUUGAUGAUACUGAGUGCAAUUAAAAUGAUUCAACUGCCAAAAUUAACUAACUAUUCAUGUACAAUAUUUAAAAGAUAAUAUAUGAUUAAGAAAAUGAGGAAAAGCCCGCUUCUUAAUUUUCUGACACUUUGCAGAAACCUAAAAUCAAGCUGGAAUUCUAUCAAUAGAAAAAGCUAUUCGAGUUGGCACUGCUGAGUUUCAGUGACCAGACUUAUGGGUCUAAAGGAACUUUCAAAAUACUGAGGAAUAUUAAACAUGGAUUGAAUUUUGAACUUAUUGAGAAAAUAAAGGACAAAGUAUUCAAUCCUAUUGAAGAAGUUUAAGAAGAAUCAAAGGAGGAGGUAAAGCUUCUAAAUGAUUCUCGUAAAUUCUUUAGAAAGAUAGAUAUAUCCUAGUUGCAGACAGAUCAUUUUAUAAAGGAAAAGUCGAGAGACCUAGAAUUAAUCACCAUAAAUGAUAAGCAAAGGCUUUCAAGUAUUAAAGAGGUCAAGGAGGCUUAUGAAUAAACAUAAACUAUUAAUCUUCCAUAGAUUAACUAGCAAAGAAAAUUACCCAUUGACUUUUUUGAAAUCGAUUUAGAAAAUCAAAAUUAAUAGAACCUACACCUAAAGCUUAAUAUUACCUCAGAGGAAGAUGCUAAUUAUGAGUAAAAGAAUUUAAACCAUCAUAACCUAUGCUAUCAUGAUGAAAGUUCUCACUCAUUAAUUUAAGACAACGAAAGGCUUGAAAAUCUGAAGUACAGCAAUUCUAAAAUAGAGGUAGAUUAUUAUCAAACUAAAUUUGAUGACAAUAAAUAUAGCAAAUCAUAACAUCUUGAUUAAUAAGACUUAGAUGUGGCGGUUUAAAAUAAUUAUGAACUAAAUUACCAUCCUGUUGAAUAUCAAGAGCUUUAAAGACCACAAAUUACUGACGAUUAAUCCCUCAAGGGAUUUGAAGAUGAAUAAUCAGCUAGAAUUAUAUAGCCAAUUAUUGAUUUCACUCAUAAUAAAUCACUCGAUUAAUAUAAUUAACAUAAUGAUGACAGCGAAUAUCAGGCUUAAAGAUAAAGAAGGAUAAGAAUUCCAGAAUAGGACAUACUACCUGUUAUUGAAUAAAAUUAGUCAAGACUGUUUAGAGAAAUCAAUUUGAUUAAUCAACUUAAUGACAUCUCAAAGGAAGUUGAAGAUGAAUCUGCAGCAGAGAUAAAAAUAAACAGGAAAAAGAAGAGAGUUACCAAGAAGAAAUAGACUAAUAAAAAAUCAAGUAAUGAAAAUAAAGAAAAUAGUCAAGCAGUCAGAGUUCCUUCUACUUUGUUUAAUUUAGACACUAUAAUAUAAGUUGAUAGUUUAGAGGAGAGAGCGGCUGAAGAUUAAAGGAGGAUAUAUAUUGAUAAAAAUGAGUAUUAAAGUGAAACCAUAAAUGUGCAGAGUAGGCUAAGUCAUGAGUAUAUAAGCAAAGAUAAAGAUACUAUCGAGGAGAAUCUCAGAAUUCUAUAAAAUAUCAAAGAGGAGUAAAAAAAUCAGAUUAACUCUUAUAGACUAAAUGGCUAAUAAUAUGAAGAAUAGUAAAAUGAAGAUUAAUUAGGGACUGGAAAUGAUGAAAUACUAAUAAAAACCUUCAACAAAUCUGAUUUCUAAGGUAAUAGUAACACCUAUGGAGAUUAGAGCUACCUUGAUUAUCCUACAUAGUAGGAUUCCAACAGAAUGGGUAGUAUGCCAGAUUACUCAACUAGGGAAAUGCUUUCGCUUGAUGCCACUUAAUAAUCCUUCUAAACUAGAGGACUUGAAACCCGCUUAUAGCCAUCUAACACUCAGCAUAAUUCAAAUAAUAUCUCAAAUCUAAACUCAGAUAAUACUUAAAAUUUGAUGAUUCAUGACUACUCAGAAGAUAUUUAAAAAAGAGCCGUUACACCAAGUAUCAAUGAUAUCAAUUAAAGAUUAUUUAGAGCCUAAAACAGAAAUAGGAAGACUUCAUAUAAUGAUGGAGGGUUCUUGAAUAGAGAGUAAUCUGAAAAUUUACCAGUUGAUACUCUGGUUAUAAUCGGAGCAGAUAACAAGAAUACCAAGCCACCGUUGAAUAAACGUAAUCACAAGAACAAGAAUAACAUCAGCGUUGGAGCGAAGAAAAGUAAAAUAAGUCUAAAGUAGAGCAACAAAAAACUUGAUAAGUCAUAGUCUUAUGAUGAAAUUGAGGAAACAAAACAUAACCAGGAAUUAAAUAUAAGACUCAAGAAAAACAUUUAAAUCUAUCAUGACUAAGUAGAUGAGGAAGAAUCUUGUCAUAAUAGUUAAAGCUCAUAAGCAUAAUUAGCAUCACAAGGUUCAUUUGUAGACAGAGUAUUGAAUCACUAAGCACCAAUCAAUGUCUAAAGAACUCGUUUCAAUUCUAAAGGCUCUUAGGAUUCAGAAGAUGCUGGCAAUGGCUAAAUAAACUUCUAUAAGAAAAACGUUUCAUCAAUGAAUUAAUCAAGUUCAUCUAGUUAUAAGCAAGCAGAUACAACUGAUACUAUCCAUUUGAUUCAUGGAAGAAAAAGGUCUGAUAAUUAGAAGAUAUUUGAAAUGGAAUAAGAAAGACUUAACAGAUAGGCUAUUCAAAAUCUAAAUCUAAUAUCUUAGGGAUCUCACGAGAACUUGCAGUCGAAAAGAUCUCAGAACUAGCUUGGAAAUGUAAUGAAAAUAAUGAAGGAUGAGAAACAGGCUCCACUGGUUGAGAAGCAAUUACAAAAUAAGAAUUACUUGAAAUUCUCUGGACUUUCACAACUUGGCAAAGCUUAUAAAAUGGAGAGUUAACAGAGAUCUGCGAGUGACGGGCCGUCUCAUUCAAGAGGCAGUGAAAACUUCAGUUCUAAAAAUUCAAUUGAAACAGACUAAAUAUCUACACAAAGAGCCUAAUCGAAAGAAGGCUUGUACUAUUGA